UUCAACAUACUUUUUACCUCUCAAGCAAGAUACAAUAUGACUUUGUCCAUAAAUUGGGAAGAUGUUAAUCAAAUCGUCGACGACUUCCCGUGGGUACAGUUUUAUAACACCGGUUGGGCGUAUUCUCUUAUGCGGCACAUGAAUGCGGCUUGUCGCAUUGCGAACUUGAUUGGUCCAGAGUCUCUCUCCGUGACAUACUUGGUCCAGUACAUGAGCGAGUUUUCUACGCUAACAGACACGUUGGGCAUCCAUUUCCUCGAAUCGGUUAAGCCCUUCCUGAUGUAUGAGGGUAUGGUCCUGGAUGAUGAUUAUCAAAGAUUGUUUGCUCAGUUUUUAAGGCUCCCGGCAAUACCACUUCCAACUGGAAUCCGUAGGUUCGUUGUUACGGAUAUGAUAGUUCAUACUCUUGAUCUAUAUCGGAAUGCUGAAGAGUUUGAAACUAAAUUUCUUGAUGCAAUGACUUAUUCCCCAGUUACUGCUUCCAUCCCAAACUAUGCUUCUCUAUCUGAGUUCUUAGCCCCUGGAAACUUCCCUGAAAACAAGAUAUAUUGUCCAACUAUCACGGAACUGCUUUCUCAUUGCCCAGGUUGCCAUGCUAUGUUUGCUACUGGUAUAGGCAAGUCUCAAGGAGUUCCUUAUGUCAGGUUUCGAGACAGUUCUGGCUUAAUCGACGGUGGUUUCAUGCACGUUGAAUUGGGCAUGGGAGUCAUUGAUCAGUUUGUGGAGUUAAUCGGAGCAUAUAUAAUGAUGUGAUCGGUGCCGAAAUGAUCUAGAGCCUGCUAUGGUGAUGCUUCUACCUCUACCCCCUAUCUAUAUAAUCGCGAUAUCUAUUACUUUUGGUGUAAUGUGUCAGC